AUGCAUUAUGUUAGUGACGAAUUAUGUAAAUUAGGACAACCAACACUUUAUCCAACUGCUGAAGUAGAAGAAUUAGAAAAUUAUUUUAAUGAAAUACUUGGCGUACACGUACGUCGCUAUGGUUAUUGGUUGAUGUUUCAAUCAGAUGGUAUGGAGAAUGAAUUACGAAACUGCUGGUUACGAGAUACAGUGGGAUUCGAAAAAUGGAUUCAACAACAUUUUUUUGGUCCAAUAAAAGCAUUAGCAACAACAGGAAUGGAUAUUCAUGAGCAAGCUAGUCUGGCUUCAAAAGAACAUAUUGAUCAAGUGUUUGAGAAAGUAAACCAGAAAUUAGAGGAACAUGGUGGAUUAUAUCUUUUUAAAACGACUUAUCCCACAGCAGCCGACUUUACUUUAGCUGCGCUAGCGUAUCCGAUGAUCUUCCCUUCACAAUGUGAUGGUUUGAUUAUUAAGUAUGAUCCAAAUAUUAUGAGUCGUCAAAUGUACGAACAAGUUACGACUUAUCGUGAACAACGAGCAGGAAAACUCGUAUUACGAAUGUAUGAACAACACAGAAUUGUUGAUCGAAUCCAGCCAAAUCAUGCAUAA